UGUUAGAAUUAAUAAUUUGCCUACAUUUAUUUCGACCCAAAAGGACCAUUGUUAGAGAUCCCCUUAAUUGUGUUUGGACGUUUUCAUAAUGCCAGGUCACCAUGGCAAGCAGAAAAUUCGAAAGAAAAAAUCGAAGCGUGCUCCCGUCACUGAGAUGGAACGUACGCUAAAGGAUAGUAUUCAUGGGCGGAAGCGAAAGGAACGAACGAUACUCAAAGAUUUGAUCCCACCGAGAAUUACCCCUAAGCACAGCAAAGUUACGUUGUCGACCAACCUUCCCAUGUUUACCUCGCUAUCUAGCACGCUUUCCAAAGGUUCAGACAGCAUACCCAAGCCCUCACCAUCCAAAUCCUCUCCUUCGUCUAGUAAGGUGACAUAAACGAAUCAUUGUAAACUACUAAGAAAUAAAAAAUAAAGGCUAUGUUGUGAGUUCCCAUGACC